UACAAAUCGUUUGAAAAAUAGUAUAAAUAAAUAAGACUUCUUAUAGAUCUCAACUAUUAAAUUAUGAAUAUUCUGUUAGCAUUAAUCUAUUGCAAUCAUCAUUUUACUUUUUACUCCUCUGUUUUGUUGAACUAAUGAAAUUGCUUCAUAAUUAAAUAUUGAACUAGUAUUCGAAGUUUUAUUUUCAUCAAUUUCGAUGGAAUGAAUGGCGCCUAAAAACGGCAGUCGAGCUGCACCGGCGGCGGCGACGUUUAAUAAUUCCACCGUCUUGUCAACGUGCAAGGGCGUGGAUCUCGAUCAGCGAUACGCGGAGUCUGUUUAGACAGCGGGAAAUAUCGGAUCGGACACUCGCGUGUAGUGCAGGGAACGAGAAAAUCAUUUAGUAGUACAUACGCCGAAGUCGCAUGGUCGGCCGUGUAUGUACGUACAUAAACACGCAUAUGUUGUGCGUUAGUAGACAGAUAAUGUGUAUAGCCGUGUACUCUCUUUCUUCUUCGCUUUCGCGUUCGCUCGCUCGUUACUACGCGCGUUAGUUCUCUCUUCUUAACGCGGAACUUUCGACCUCUCGUUCAGUCGCCGGCUAAUAACGCUGAUCACUUCAGUUUAUGCCCGACCCUGUCGUCGGUCGGAUCGGAUCGUGGAGAGAUCGUGAAGAGGAACCAGUAAACAGUCGCCGACGGGGAAGACGCGGCGGAUACGCGUUUAUUUGUGUCUUCGUCGUGGAGGACCUAACGAAACUGAACAUCGGCUGGAAUCAAUCGAAGGAUGACGAUCGCAGAGAACACAGAGUCGAAGCAGAGUCCGAUGGGUGAUGGCAAUGAGGUGGCCGUCGAUCGACGACGGUUGAACGAGGAGACGCAGGAGAUCCAACGAACCGAGGAGAGUAGCACGAGCUCGAGCACGGAGGGUAACCCGUUGCUAGAAACCGGUGCCAGGAGCUCGUCGGUGAAAAUCGAUGUAUCAGUCGCGAAGCCGAAGAAGUCAGAUAAGGAUGAGGAGGAUCGGGUGAACGCAAGGAAGGACCCGGAAGUCGACGAACCUAACGCGAUCGUACCGCCGGAUGGCGGGCUCCGGGCAUGGAUGAUAAUGAUAGGCAGUUUCAUCAUCAACGGUGUUCUCUUCAGCGUUAUCAACACGUACUCGUUGAUCUACCUCGAACUGCAGAAGAGGCUGCUGGAGUCUGGGGAAACGGCGGCCUCCUCCAAGGCGGCCUUAGUAGGGUCGUUAACCAUCGGUACCACGUUCUUUUUAUCGCCAAUUUCUGGGAUUCUCACCGAUAAAAUUGGGAUUCAGAUGACCACAUUUUUGGGUGGUGCUCUUGCGUCCGGUGGUAUGCUUCUCUCCUCGAUAUUUUCUAGCAAGGUAUCGUUACUUUAUCUGACAUACGGCGUCAUGUACGGGCUCGGCGCGAGCCUUGCCUACACACCGAGCCUGGCGAUCCUGGGCCAUUACUUUAAGAAAUACUUAGGCCUGGUCAAUGGGAUCGUCACUGCUGGAAGCUCCAUAUUCACGAUACUUAUGCCGUAUCUGAUGGAAGUCAUACUUCGAUCUUUCGGCCUGGAGGGAACGCUUAGGUUUCUGGCUCUCCUGACUGCGACCGUUAUGGCUUGCGCCAUUCUCUUCAAGCCCAUUCCUUCAAACACGGCACCGCGAGAUCAAUUAAAAUCCAAAUCGACUUUUAAGUCUUGUGUAAAGCAAAUGGUGAACGUUUCUAUCUGGAGGAGAAAACGAUACGUGGUGUGGGCCAGCUCCAUCCCUCUCGCACUCUUCGGGUAUUUCGUACCGUACGUUCACAUCGGUAAAUUCGUGGAGACGGUGUUCAAAGACGCGGACGGUAAGCUGCCGAUCAUGUGUAUAGGUAUCACUUCCGGUGUCGGUCGACUGGUGUUUGGCUACAUCGCCGACCUGCCGAGGGUGAACAGAGUUCUGUUGCAACAAAUAUCAUUCUUCAGCAUCGGCAUUCUUACGAUGCUUCUGCCUGUUACACCCUCGUUCCUGGUGUUGCUCAUCAUUUCCCUCGCAAUGGGUCUGUUCGAUGGGUGCUUCAUAUCCCUUUUAGGCCCGAUCGCAUUCGACAUUUGCGGUCGAGAAGGAGCAACUCAAGCCAUCGGGUUCUUAUUAGGCAUGUGCUCCGUACCUUUGACCGUGGGUCCGCCCAUUGCUGGUCUUCUAUACGACCAGACGGGUAGCUACGAUAUGUCCUUCUUCCUAGCCGGGAUCCCGCCGAUUGUCGGCGCGUUAACAAUGUUCCUGAUAAGAUUCGUGAAGAACGACGAGGCGAGAACAGUAACCGAGAACGCGAGGGAUAAGGCUGGUUGUCAGAAUGGUCACUCGAGCAUCGGCUUUCUGUUCCCGUGGCUCGUACCGGCUAUCAAAGACGAGCAACCAGACUGGAAGGUGACGUGCCGAAACGUGCACUUUGGCCACCAUUCGUCCGGGUGUUGUGGAUUCCACGAAGGCGUCUUGUGCCACGAGCAGAGGAUCGGGUGUCCCGAUCGUUACAGAUACUCAGAGAGCGUGCCACUGCUCCAUGGUGAGAAUUGGUUGACCACUGGAAAACCAGAGUCGUCGAUGCUUCUCACAUUUUAAUUCGCAAAUAAACGAUCCUUCUCUGGAAGAUAGUUCUAAUGCCGCAAAUCGGGUGCAAUCGUUAUAAUUUUAAAGGUCUAUAUUUUUUACUACAAGUUUGAGGAGCAUUGAUGACUGAUUGAUUCGAUGAUCACCGUGAGCGUCCACGCUUAAGUACUGUUCGCCUGGUGUUAGUGGACAUUAGCAAUAAAAGUUUUUAUAAUAGAUUUUUAAUCGUUGGUGAAUGAUAGAGAUAGAAGUUUUAAGUGGAGGACAAGAAUAAGAUGAUGUGCAACUAGUUUUUGAUCCGGUUAGGGACGAGGCUUCGUUUUUACACCAGCAAUACUCGAGUCAAUAUUUUUGAAUGGAUAAAAAUUGGUUGUUUAUGGAGAAAGGGAAUAUAUUUUUAAAUAUGGUUCAUGUACUCUACUACGUGUGCUCGAAAUCAUAUCGCACAUUUUCAUAUCCUGAGAGACCUGUACAAAGGCUAACGCGCUCGUAAUUAAUCUAUCUGAAAGGAAUCUAAACACUCGACAGCAUUUAUUUCCUAGCUGCCAGUUACAAUACGAUGGCAUUUCAAGUUACUAUAUUUUAUUUUGUGCUCGAGUCGCAUUAGGAGUUUUAUAUUCUAAACUGGAUUUUAUUGACGAUAGAUAAUGCUGAUGAUUAUAUCUCUCGCAGGACAAUAUUCUUGCCACAUCCAGUUCUUAAUUUUUCACGUGGAGGUAAAUAAUUUUUAAGACAUAUUUUUUGUCGUUAAUAAAUGUUGUAAUUGGAGAUGUAGAAUAUCAUUGUUACAAGGAGUAAGAAUUUUAGGAACCGUUUUUGUAGAACAAGAAUUUUAAUGCUGGAUGCAAUGAAUUUAUCUCCUUUCAACUAAUAUUAGAGAAUUUUAUAAAUUCCGUAUACGUUUUUCUUUAUGUAAGUAUAUUCGACGAAAUCAUAAUUAUUCUCUCUGUUUUAUAAUCAGGACUAAUAGAUAAGAUUUUACCUGAGUCAUAGAAUUUUUUUUUAUACAUAAAAAGUUGUUGGCCAUGACACAACUAACGACACAGAGUACACUAUUUUCGUAGAGUUAUAAGAGAGUAAGAAUGUUAUUUUUCUCGUAUCGUUGUACAUAGAGAAUAGCUAGAACGUUGUCAAAUUAUACAGGUGUAAAUGAAAAGAAUAAAAAAACAAGAAUGUUA